GUGCCAAUAACUUGAUUAAAUCAGAAAGUCGUCCGACUCUUGUCACCGUCUCCUCUGUGCAGUAUAACAGGAGUCCCAUUUCCGAAAACCAGAGAGUAGAGAGAGAAUGAGGCCACAGAUCGUGUUAUUUGGCGAUUCAAUAACAGAGCAGUCUUUUAGAUCAGGCGGCUGGGGCGCUUCUCUUGCUGACACUUACUCCCGCAAGGCCGAUGUGUUGGUUCGUGGCUAUGGUGGUUACAACACUCGAUGGGCUUUGUUCUUGUUGCAUCACCUUUUUCCUGUUGACUCCUCAAAACCUCCCGUUGCUGUCACAAUAUUCUUUGGGGCUAAUGAUGCAGCUUUAAAAGGGAGAACCAGUGAAAGGCAGCAUGUUCCUGUGGAGGAAUACAAGGAGAAUCUGAGGAAAAUUGUUCAGCAUUUGAAGGAGUGCUCGCCUACCAUGUUAAUUGUGCUUAUUACUCCACCACCUGUGGAUGAAGAAGGGCGAAAGCAGUAUGCCAAGUCUUUAUAUGGUGAGAAAGCUAUGGAAUUGCCAGAAAGGACAAAUGAAAUGGCAGGAGUUUAUGCAAGGCAAUGUGUUGAGUUAGCAAAGGACCUAGAAAUUCGCUACGUUGAUUUAUGGUCCACAAUGCAGAAAGCUGAGGGUUGGCAGAAAAUUUUUUUGAGUGAUGGCUUGCACCUGACACCAGAAGGUAAUGCUGUAGUCCAUCAAGAAGUUACAAGAGUGUUCAGUGAGGCAUGGCUCUCUGCUGCAGAAAUGCCAUAUGAUUUUCCUCACCACUCAGAAAUUCAUGGAAAUGACCCUGAAAAAGCUUUCCAACAGCUAUGCAUCUAAAGCUGCAGUUAUUUUGGCAUUUGUUCUUUAAUGCAUCCAUCAGACCAAAAGUUCAAAACCUUUAUUCUUUUUAUCCCCCUGAUUAUUUGAACACUGCUGCUUCAGUGAUUAUCAUACUACUACAGAAAGCAUUUGUUCUUUCUGCUAUAUACUUUGUUUAUCAGUAUUGAAAUGGAUGCCAUCAUCUCCUUCUACUUUUUA